AUGUCAUCCUCAAUUCAAGAUCUUCCCCACGAUGAUAUCUCUUGGCGUGUCUGGGUCGGAACCCUGAGUACGAUCAUACCCGCCACUGUUGUAGUGGUCUUGCGGUUCGUUGCCCGGUAUGUUUCACGAGCUGGAUUCUGGUGGGAUGACUACACUAUUGCCAUAUCUUUGUUACUCAACUGGGCUAUGGAUGCUCUAAGAUGGAUCCAGGUCCUCAAUUUCGGAUUGGGAAAACACAACUACCAGAUAACAGAUGAGACAUUCCACAGCUUUGGAAAGACUUUCAUUGGUAGUCAAGUCCUUUAUUUCACCACGGCCGUUUUUACGAAAAUGUCGCUCCUCCUCCUUUACUAUCGAAUCUUCGGCGUCGUUCGCGGCUUUCGCUGGGCUCUAUACGCCUCCUGCUUUCUCGUGAUUGCCUACUUUAUCUCAUGCACGAUUGUUUCGAUCAAAUCUUGCGCCCCGGUCUCCAAAUUUUGGGAUCCGAGUCUCCCUGGAUCCUGCAUCGACGAGAUCGCCUUCUUUCGCUGGAAUGGUUUCGCCAAUAUGCUGCUGGACGCCCUGGUCCUUUGUCUCCCUUACCCUAUGGCCUGGAGAUUACAGACAUCCGUACGACAAAAGAUCAUCUUGACGGGGAUAUUUUUUCUCGGAAGCUUGCUAACCAUCAUUUAUAGUGUCUGCAUUGUCUCGGUUCUCCGUAUCGUCAGCUUCGACUUCUUGAGUCUGGAGGAUGCAACUUAUGUUAGUGUCAACCCGUCAACUUGGUCUUCUAUCGAGCAAUCGGUUGGUGUCAUUUGUGCAUGUCUUCCAACCCUUCGCCCGCUUGUUCGUUCGUUGUCUGGGUGCUCGAAAAACACUUCAGAGGAAGGAGAUAUUUCUACUGCUGUUUCAUCGAACAGAUCCUCAUUUCCUCUUCGUGACUCGGCGCGGGAUGAAGAGGACAACAUGGGAACUUGCGGACCAUCUUGCGUGCAACAAGCACCCACGGGCGAGUCGGUGUCUCCAGAAUCCGCACCAUAUAGUCGCGAGGGCCGGGUAUCAUGGAUGCAGGACGAAGUUCAAGAAGUCGAGAGACAUGUUCCACGUCCUGUAUCAUUUGCUUGA